GUGCGCGUUUCUUCGGGUGCCGGACGAUUCCCGUCGGUUCGCGAUAGGGUGAGCAUGGCGCUGAACUCACUGGGACGCCUCGGAUCGGGAUUCCUCAAUCUCCGGAACCUCGUGAGUCCUGUGGGAAUAAAACCUCUCGAGGGUGUUCUGACUCAGGUCAGAACCUUCAAAGACGUCGACGUUCUGGCUAAACGCUGCAAGGACUGCUACUUCCACAAGGAUGACGACCGCUGGUACGUUCUCUGCCGAACUCAUGGACGACACAAGCAACGUCAGAAAAUCGCUGAUAUACGGAAUUUCUGGAUUGUAACGCACAAAACACACGGACCGAAGAAGAGAUUCUGAGCUCUAUCGUUUCGCAGACUAGAGAAAAUUGAGUAUUUUCGACUGGAAACGGCGAAAUAAAGUUUGAGGCUGAGAUUCAGA